CUCUGUCAAGUCUCCACCUCGGUUUCUACACCAGUCAAGACUUUCACUCAUCAGGUGAUAUUUUUCUCCUGGGAUUUUCUUGUUUAUUGCAACAUCAGCAAAGGCUGCCCAUAUGACCGAGAUCAGUCAUGGAGGAACAGCUGCGAAUAGAUCUGACGUACAUCACCGAACGCAUCAUCACCAUCUUCUGCCCUCCCGGAUGUCCAGAGAAGAUCUACCUGCAGAACCUGCAGCAGAUUAUUCUCAUGCUGCAGUCCAAGCAUGGACACCACUACAUGCUCGUCAACCUCUCGCAGAAAAACAAAACUCUCACCCAAAUGAACCACAAGGUUCUGGACACAGGUUGGGUGGAUCUCCUGGCCCCGGACCUGGACCAGAUCUUUAGCGUGUGCACGACAAUGAACAACUGGCUGCAAACACAUGAGAAGCACGUCCUGGUGUUGCACUGCAGGGGAUGUAAAGGCCGACUCGGAGUUCUGGUGGCUUCUUACAUCCACUUUGCUAACAUCUCGGCCAGUGCAGAACUUUCUCUCGACCACUUUGCCAUGAGGAGGUUCUACAAUGACAAGCUGUCAGCGCUGAUGACCCCCUCGCAAAAACGGUACGUGUGGAUGCUGGGAAGCUUGUUAAAGGGCGGACUGAGGAUGCGUCCCUCGCCAUCUUUCCUCCUGUGUGUUGUUCUCCACGGUCUUCCCAAAAUAAGACCAGAUGGAGCAUGUUGUCUCUUCCUGAGAGUCUACCAGAGUCUACAAGCUGUUUGCACAUCGGCAGUGUACCAUGUGAAUGCAGCCCAGACAGACCGCCUCUACUUUGUGCUCCAGCCAGCUCAGCUGCUCAAAGGGGACAUCAUGGUGGUUUGUUAUGAUAAAAACAGCCAGUCAGCCAGCCGCCAGGUCGUCUUCCGUCUCCAGUUCCAUACGGGCCUCGUACUAGGACACACCCUCACUUUCUGUAAGGCCGACCUCGACUGUGCCAGCGAAGAUGCCCGGUUCCCAGAAGAUGGAAAAGUGGAGCUGUUGGUUUCCGACAGCCCUGAAAAGAUUACAGGCAGAGAGCUGUGGAGCAACGGGCGCUGUGUGACGGUGGACUAUGACACCUUCGACCCUUUGGUUAGACGAGAUUCUUAUCAAGACACGUCCUCUCCUGAGACAGCUCCACCUCAUAUCCUGGACCCAGGAAAUGGCAACGUGUUUGCCAGAGGGAGGAAGACGAGUAGUGAGGAAGGAGCGUCGUUCCGUCUGACCACCAGCAGCCCCAGCUGCAGUGACCGAGCUCCGUCUGCCAGCAGUGACUCGGGCCUGUCUGUUGCCUCUCAGGGGCGAAACGGAGCCAGACAGAGGAGAGGGUCCGCACGGGACAAGUGCACCCAGGCGGGGAAGCUGCUCUCCGGGUUGGACUUUGAGAUUUCUCAGCCUCUUCUGGAGGUCAUGGCUGAGCUUGCUGCGUCCAGCGGAUGGGAUGGGCAGAUGACUGGAGAUGAAUCUGAACUGGGACACGCGAUCAAUGGAGAGGCUUCGUCCAGCGAGAGGGAAACUGACAUACUGGACGACGAGGACGACGUCGACGGCGUAGCACCUCCUGCUUCAGACAUACCGAGCUCAGGCAGCAUCUGCUCCCUCUCCUCCGAGAACCUGCCUGAAACUCAGGGAUCCGCCCACGACGAGUACUCCACGCACUCCUGGGUUCGGCAGCAGAUGAUGGUCGAGGUCGUCACUGAAGCCUCCCUUCAAGUUGAUGGGGAGGAGAGUUUGAACCGGGUGAGAAAACAGAGGCCGCCGCCUCUGGUGGCUCCUCACACCCCACCUCGGGGACUCAGCAGCAGGGUAGCAGUGCAGCGAGCGCUGGUGAACGAGGAUGGUGCACACGACGUCACACAGCAGACAGAAGUUACGCACGGCACACAGUCCGUCGACAACGCACUCGCGUCGUUUUGCCAAGACGAGGAUUUGACCAUGGAUAUGGACGAGUCCAUAGAGCAGCUGAACCAGCUGAUUCUGGAUUUGGACCCCACCUUUGUUCCCGUUCCUAACCGCUGUGCGCCCUUGUCCCGCUCCGCCUCCCUCCACUCCAACGGCCUCAGCCACAAGGGAAAUACCCAUCCGUCUGGUUGGAAGCAGCAGAUGCAGGUGGUGAGCGAUGUGACGGACAACGCUGGUCCCCAGACUCCGGGAUGGAGGCGUGGUGGCGCUCAGAGCUUCAGAGGCUCGCCCGUCUACAGUCCCCCCUUCACGCCGUCUCCGCAUGGCCAUCUCUUCAAAGCCAACAGCGUAGACUACAGGGGACAGACGGAUGGCCCCGACAUUGUCCCUGCUACUCCGGCCUUCCCGGUGUCUCCACCGUCGCCCUACGUGAAACAUUUCUCUGAGUUUUCCCAGCUCCGGACGGGCGGGCAGUGGGACCAACACAGCUGGACACAAGAUUCCCGGAGUUUCCUGGACGGUAUGAACCACGCCGGCGGCUCCACAGAGGGAGAGCUGUUCAGAUCCGAGGUGUCGGUCACCUCCGCUUCCUGUCAGAGGAUCUUUGGCUCCGUGUGCUCGAUACCAUCGGACAUCAGCCCCCUGCCGCACGCAGACAGCUCCACUCCUCCCCCGGUGUGGCAUGACCAAACUCCAAACUCCCUGAACUUCCCGUAUCCCCUCCAGCCCUCAUCUCCCCUCUCCCUCAGCACUCCCAAUGCCUACAGCUCACCCCGGGGGGCUCUGAGAGGCCUGGGUGGAGGUUCGGGGGUCCAUCGGGAGACAGACAGCGCGGACUUGUCCUCGUUGUUGUUGUUGGGGAACGGCGGCCUGGAGCACAGCCUGCUGGAGGCCAUGCAGGGCCUCGGGAGUCUGAACCUCGGGGGAGACGGGGGCCUCCCUCCGCUGCUGCCUGAGAAGAGGAGAGGGGGCGAGGGGGGAGAGCUUGGCUCCCGCUCCCCGUCUCUAAGCGGAUUUUCCAGCCCUCACAGUGGCAGCAGUCUGAGCAUCCCUUUCUCAUCCUCCGUGACCCCCGACCCCCUCAGGGGACUCGGUGGGGUCCAGUCGCCUGGAGCAGACUUUGGCAGUAAGCAGGACACUGUGAAGUUCGUUCAGGACACUUCCAAGUUCUGGUACAAGCCCGACAUUUCCAGAGACCAAGCCAUCGCAGUGCUGAAGGACAAAGAGCCCGGCUCCUUCAUUGUCAGAGACAGCCAUUCAUUUCGAGGGGCGUAUGGGUUGGCUAUGAAGGUGGCCACGCCCCCUCCAUCCGUGUUACAGCAGAGUAAAAAAGUGGGGGACCUGUCCAAUGAGCUGGUGAGACACUUCCUGAUCGAGUGCUCUCAGAAAGGAGUUCGUCUUAAGGGCUGCCCCAAUGAGCCGUACUUUGGAAGUCUCACAGCUCUGGUGUGUCAGCACUCCAUCACCCCUCUGGCUCUGCCCUGUAAACUCAUCCUGCCCGACAAGGAUACAGACCCGGUGGAGGACCUAAAUCACUCGUCUGCACAGACGGCAACAAAUUCAGCAGCUGAGCUCCUCAAACAGGGAGCAGCGUGUAACGUGUGGUACCUGGGCACCGUGGAGCUGGAGUCUCUGACGGGGCAUCAGGCGGUUCAGAAGGCGACCACGCUGACCCUCGCCAUGGACCCCCCACCGGCGUCCACCGCCGUCCACUUCAAGGUGUCGGCACAGGGCAUCACGCUCACUGACAACCAGAGGAAGUUGUUUUUCAGGAGACACUACGCGGUCAACACGGUCAUCUUCUGUUCCCUGGACCCACAGGGCAGGAAAUGGACAAGAGGCAGCGCUUCCACUGCAAAGAUCUUUGGAUUCGUAGCUCGGAAAUCUCAGAGCGAGACUGAAAAUAUGUGCCACCUGUUCGCUGAACACGACCCCGAGCAGCCGGCGAGCGCCAUCGUCAACUUCGUCUCAAAGGUCAUGAUCGGGUCACAUAAGAAGUGAGGAGAAAGAAACUCACUGCAGUGUGUGAAGACUGGACUGGGGAUCAACUGCCAACCCUGACAAUGUAUGAAUAUGAGUGUGGAUCUAAAAAAAUACAAAAUAAACAAACUCUUCCUCCCAAGAGCCAAAACACUAUGAACCCACACACUCCAGCACCUGGUCCUGCUGGUCCAUCCUCUCACGGAGGAGCGUGUGCAUUGUGUCCUGACAGCACUAAACGACCACCAGAGGGAGCCACGGCCGUCAUGUAUAACGUUAAACUCAUCAGCAGGAGGCUUUAAGAUGGAUCCUUGGGAUUUAAAAAAAUAAAAUCUCUAUAGCAUCAGACCUUUUUCCCAUCUUGUACAACAACCAGAUUUCUAAUUAAUCAGAUUGUAUGUUCAAAUAUACUCUAAAUGUACUAUACUAUAUACCUACUUUGCUUUCUGCUGGCAGUCAUAGCCAGAAAAUACAACACAUUUACUUCUGCUCAAACCUGGAGAAUAUCUGAUAUUCGGCACAUGAAUUUUUUUUAGUAUGUCUAUAAUUCUAAAAGCUUUUAAUGUGUAAAUCAGGUAUGAACAUCCCUUGUGUGCAAGCCACAGGCCCAUUUUUGUAUGUUAAAACAAAGCCAAUGAUAUCGUCACAUGACAAAGCCAGUAACGUGGUCGCCUUGUACUUAAGAUGGAUUUAUUGUGUUGUGUUUAUAGUAUUUAUCCCUUUUUACAGAUGUGUAAAAGUCUUUCUUUUUCCUAAAUAUACGUGUCAUAUAUUUUUGUAUAUUAACAUGCUGUACAUUAGGUUUAAAGGCAGUGAACCUUGGAAUGUAUACUCAUUGUAUUACUAAUAUAGAUGUCAAUAUGUUCCUUUUACCAUCACUCAAUACAGUGUACAGUUAUUGUGCCAUGAAAAACA